AUUUAAUGAAGAAAAAGAAUUCUAAUCUUCACUAUAAAUGUAAUCUAUUGAUAUCUUAUUAAUAUAAAUUUCUUUUAUAAAAAAUGUUAUCUACUAUUGUAAAAGAGCAUCAAAGCAAACAAGCAGCGAGAAAAGAAAGACAAGAACAAAAAAGAAAAGAAGCUGUACAAGCUGCAAGUAACUUGACACAAGCUUUGGUUGAUCAUCUAAAUGUAGGUGUAGCACAAGCAUAUCUCAAUCAAAAGAAAUUAGAUGCAGAAGCAAAACAAUUGCAACAUAGUGCAACAAAUUUUGCGAAACAAACACAAUCAUGGUUGAACCUAGUAGAAGCAUUUUCUAGUGCAUUAAAAGAAAUUGGUGAUGCUGAAAAUUGGGCACGUAGCAUUGAAGGAGAUAUGAGAACUAUAGCAACUGCUUUGGAAUAUUCUUAUAAAGCUACUCAAGAAGCUCAAGGGACCAGUACUUCUUGAAAGCACUUCAAAAAUAUACAUUAUGUUACAAUAAUAUUUAAAAAGAAACUUAACAAUAAGUGUUAUAAAAUUUAAUAUUGUUUUAUGUUUGUAUUAUUAUGUGUUAUAUAAAAUAAAUGGAUUUAUCAUGUUUUUUUA